AUGGUUGUCAGAAUUCGAUUCUCACGAUUUGGCCCACGCCAUUCGCCAUUUUACAAUAUUGUUGUUGCGCAGGCGAGAUCGGCUCGAGACUCCAAACCUCUUGAAGUAAUUGGCACCUACAACCCUAUUCCACAAAAACCUACCAAUUUGUCCGAGGAAGAAGCCCGCGUCGCAAAGCCUUUCAAAGAAAUUUCCAUCGAUCGAUCACGAGUCAAAUAUUGGCUGGGUGUUGGUGCACAGCCAAGCGAUUCAGUGUGGCGAUUGUUGAGCAUGAUGGGCCUACUCGAACCCAAGCCGAAGAAAUUCGGAUCACAGAAUAAUUGA